AUGGAAGAGCUCAUGUUGAGCUAUAUGCAAAAGACUGACACCAUGCUACAGAAUCAACAAGCCACUAUUCGAAACCUAGAGGGUCAGAUUAGUCAGAUUUCUCAACAAUUGAGUAAUAGACCAUCAGGGUCUUUACCCAGCAACACUGAAGAGAACCCCAAGGGUGUCAAUGUUAUAAUGCUGAGGAGUGGCAAGGAAUUGGACACAGUCAAUAGAAAAGCUCAAACUCAGGAGGAGAGUCCGGAGAAAGACAAAGGUAAGCAAAAGGUGGAGGAACCAAGGCAGAAGUCACUAGGGGUGAAACCGUAUGUUCCUCCUGUCCCUUUUCCAGGAAGAUUGAAGCAACAACAGCUGGACGCCCAAUUUGCUAAAUUCCUAGAUGUCUUUAAAAAGCUGCAAAUCAACAUUCCAUUUGCAGAAGCACUCCAGCAGAUGCCUUCAUAUGCUAGAUUCAUGAAGGAUCUGCUCACUAAAAAGAGGAAGUUUGAUGGGAGUGAGCCUGUGAUGCUUAUAGGAGAGUGUUCUAUGAUUCUCCAAAAGGACUUGCCUAACUUACCACGCAAACAGAGAGAUCAGGGGAGUUUCACUGUUCCUUGUACUAUAGGGAAUUUUCAUUUUGAGAACGUUCUUAUCGAUUCAUGUGCAAGUAUAAAUUUAGUGCCUCUGUCUAUUUUCAGGAAACUUGGACUUGGAGAAUGCAAGAAAACUUAUAUUACCUUGCAACUUGUUGACAGGAGUAUCAAAUAUCCAAAGGGUAUUGUCGAGAAUGUCCUGGUGAAGCUAGACAAAUUCAUAUUUCCAGUCGACUUCAUAGUCUUGGAGAUGGAGGAGGACAGAGAGGUGCCCAUGAUCCUUGGCAGACCGUUCCUUGCGACAGGUAAAGCAUUAAUAGAUGUGGAACAAGGUAAGCUCACUUUAAGAGUUAUGAAUGAACAAAUAACUUUUAAUGUUUAUGAUGCCAUAAAGAAAUUUGAUGAUGGCAAAUCUUGUUACACCAUUGAUAUUAUUGAUGAGCUUAUCUCUGAGUCUGUGGAGGAGAAAGCAGGUAUGGAUACAAUGGAAUCAGUCCUUAGGGAUCUGGACGAUUGGAGUGAUGAUGAUGAGCAUGAGGAAGAAUCUGUGGAGAAGGUGUCAGAAAUCAAGGCUCGCUACUAUGAGGAGCUGGGCACCAGUGCGACAAAACCUGUGUCAUCUUUGACACAGUCCCCGGUGCUAGAACUUAAACCAUUGCCUAGCCAUUUAAAAUAUGCCUAUCUUGGAAUAGAUGAUACUUUGCCAAUAAUUAUCUCUUCUUCCUUGAUAGGUGAUCAGGAGUAG